GCAAAUGUCAUUUUAGAGAAUGUUUGUGAUUUAUUGAGAAUUUUUUAAUAGUUAUAUUUUUGUAUGUUUUUGUUUCUCAUUUUCGACCAAAAUAUUAUCUUUAAAAUUAUUUAAAUUGUUUAUGUUCGUCCAUGUAAUUAUUUAGAACAUUAAUUGUGGUUUGAACCCAAAAUGUAUAAGCACCUGAUAAUAUGCAACAUUUUGUUUAUUUCUUUUAUAUUAGGAGAGGUAAUUCCUGUUUCGAAGGUCAGUGAUACGAAUCUGGCGCUGAAUAAGAUACCUCCCGUAAGUAAGGAUUCCGCUAAUCACACCCUACUCACUGAGGGUGGUGCAGUUACGUCAAACAAUUCAGUGACUCUGCCUAAAGAAAACCAUACUUUGAUAAACAUAGAUAAGGAGCUCACUAUAAAUAAGCCAAAGUCUGUCGUUCCACGGAAAGGUGUCAAAUAUAGUCCAGAAGAUGACAUCAGCAAAUCAGAACACUUAUUGGAUGAUAGCUCAUCCAUUGCUAAAAACCAAAAUAAUCUGAUAGCAAAUGUUACAUCAGUUACACCUAUUAGUGUCAACAAAACAUCUGUCCUAAACGGAACAGACAAGUUGAAUGUAACAAAAACACUUAAACCGCUGGUGCUAUCUCACGAAGCCCUAGCCAAAAUGGAUGAAGUGAACCAUGUUCAUAUACAAGAGGACGAGCCUGAUGUUAAAGUACAAGUGAUGAAGGCUGGCAGUCACCCUGGCCUUAUAAUACCAAUUGUGAUAACUAUUUUAGUUGUCCCUAUGUUUGCGGUUGUUGCAUACUUGGCUCUCAAACGAGGAAAGGAAGCCUGGAAGAACAGACACUACAAAAGAAUGGACUUUCUACUCGAUGGGAUGUAUAAUGACUAACUUAGUACAAAACAGUAUUUAUUUAAUGGUCCUAUAAUUCUAAUAAAAAAAAUAUAACAUGAUCGAUGAACAAUCAUAUAAACUAUGAUUAUUUGCUUGCUAUAUUAGAUUUAAAGAAUUUAUUUAGAAUAAGAAUGUGAAGAGAAUUAAUAAUUACAUAUAAGCUCAAAUGAGGUUGAUGUUAUAUAAAUUUAAGCAAUACUGGUGCUUGUUAUGUGCCUUGAUAUUAUUUACCGAUGAGAACUAUUUGUAUUUUUGAUAUUCUAUUUUGUAAUAUAGCCCGCAUAGUUUUCAUAAAGAAUUUAAUUGUUGUGAAUUGUGAUAUAUUCAGAAUUUAAAAUUAAAUGUUAUUGUCAUAUUUAAUGAUUAUUUUAUAAAAAUAAAUUGUUGAUAUUUAAAA